AUGUCAGACGGAAAUAGCUCUCUCGCAUACCGCAGGAGUGUCGCGUCGUUCAGUAGCAGCCUGUCCGAAAUGAGCGUUGACCCCGGCUACGUCCCUGACUUCAGUGUGGGCAUGAGAGCAGAGGUACAGCAGCUAUAUCGACCUGAUGAUCGUUCACCGUGGAACGAGUCUGUACCUGAAAAAGCAGCCACGGACGUUGAAGCCGGCUCCUACGCUCAGGAGUGCGCUCUGAUCGUCCGGCGUGAACCGCAUCCAAUAACGAAACAAAUCGCCCUACAUUCCAUCACGGUACAAAGUCCCUUGAUCAAGAAGGUGCUUGACCGCACAUUCAAAGGCUUGGAGGGCGUCAACACCCAGCUAAAGCAGCUUACCUUCCAAGCGCCUUUCCAUAUCUUCUACUAUCGAUGGCACCGUUUCGAGAAACUGUGCGAGGAUGAGCAGGACCAAGAAGCCAAGAACCACCUCGACAUUCUAUAUCCUAUUCUAAGCGAGGAGGUUAUGCCGCACGUAGAAACCAUGAAAGACCUAACCAGGAACAAAGUCAUUACAUUUGACUAUCUAUGGACCAUCUUUGCCCCUGGCAUGGAAGUGUACACUAGGUUCGAUGGCCAAGAUCGUCUUAUGGAAUUGACUGAUAGUCGCUACGGCGCAAACAUGGGUGGAGAAUUCUUUACCCUGGAGCUUCGCUAUAUUGAUUGUGACGGAUCGAGCUUUGGUUACGUCUCAAGCUCAGUUGACAUUGACAAGUUUCAAGGAGUGAAGAAGCUCGUUGAUCUCGACGCAUUUCCCGCCCACCUUCAUCCCGACAUGGAGAACGUUGUCGAUCGACUCCACGCUCGAGGCGCGAAACUUGAGAAGCUCAAUGGAUUCUGCCACAUGUCGUAUUCAGGAUUCUACACGGCCAAGUCUUCUAGGCAGAUUCGGAAGCGCCAUGGUUCUGGCAAGGUGGAAAACAGUCGCAUCAUCAUCGACCCGCAUACCUUCAAUCUAUAUGGCACGCCUGGCCCAGGUCUUGGCUCGAUUGGAUCUGAACUCGAUUCGCAUGCGGACGCGGCCGAUGAAGAAGUAUUCGCUGUCAUUCAGAAUGUGAUUUAUAGGGCGACUAGCCAGGCUUUUCAAGCGUACCAGAGGGCCUUGGAAAGACUUGAGAAGCGUAGCAAAGAAGGAAUAUCAGGUGGCUGUAAUACUGCUUCCGAUCUAUUCACAUGCUCGAGAACCAUGUUUGACACCAGUACCAGCCAAAACCCUGAGUACGAAGCAUCGCUUGCUCUGCAGUCCAGUCGUCCGUGGCUACUGCCUGGCUUUCAAGACGUGGGACUGAACCCGUCAUUAGCGGAGUUCUACGUUGAGAACGUGUACCCAAUACGUUGGAACGAAAAUGCUUUUCAGCGGCUUGUUCUACCUCCCGGUUACAAAGAGAUUAUCCGCGCUUUUGUUCAAGAGCAAUUGUCUCGAGACGAUGACUUUGAUGAUAUUAUCUAUGGGAAAGGUAGGGAAUGCCGCCCAGGUUGGCGACUCCUGGUUGUGAAGCAAUCCGUUAAUGCUUCAAGCACAGGUUUGGGCUUCAUCAUGUUGCUAAGUGGAGAGCCUGGUGUUGGAAAAACACUCACUGCUGAAUCCGUCGCUGAAGAGAUGCGCCAACCGCUGUACCUGAUGAGUGCAAGCGAGCUGGGAGAGACAGCUACUGAGGUUGAAGAAUCGCUCGAACAAGUCUUGGAACUAACCAGCAAGUGGAAUGCUAUUCUACUCCUCGAUGAGUGCGAUAUGUUCCUCGAGGCUCGCUCUACUGCCGAUUUACGGCGCAACCGUCUCGUGUCUGGUGAGUUUCGAAUCAUGACCAAAAGAAAACCCCCCGAAAAUGCUGCUUCUUAA